AACUGGCCAGUAACCCUGUUCCGGUGCAACGAAGAUUAUCGUUCAAUAAAUCGCCGAAGGAACCGUCCAAUAGCUUUUAGCGUCAAUGGACGACGUCCAGGAUCUACAGGGCUGCAUCAGAACCAGAUAAACCCAACAGGAGAGGCUUCGUUCCGCCUUUCCUCCCCGUGGACCGCUCGCCUAUGAUGGAACGGGCGAUGGAGCAGCUCAACGUGCAGCUCAACCGGCUGACCCGCUCCCUCCGCCGGGCCAGGACCGUAGAACUUCCCGAAGACAACGAGACUGCAGUCUACACACUCAUGCCGAUGGUCAUGGCUGACCAGCACAGGUCAGUUUCAGAGUUGCUCCUCAACUCCAAGUUUGAUGUAAACUACGCCUUCGGACGGGUAAAGAGAAGUUUGCUCCACAUCGCAGCCAACUGUGGGUCAGUGGAGUGUCUGGUUCUGCUGCUGAAGCGAGGAGCCAACCCAAAUUACCAGGACAUCUCAGGAUGCACCCCUCUCCACCUCGCUGCUAGGAAUGGACAGAAGAAGUGCAUGGGUAAAUUACUGGAGUAUAAUGCUGAUGUCAACAUCUGCAACAACGAGGGUCUGACUGCUAUUCACUGGCUGGCUGUGAACGGGAGGACAGAACUUCUUCAUGAUCUGGUUCAGCAUGUUUUCAAUGUGGACGUGGAGGAUGCUAUGGGACAGACGGCUCUACAUGUAGCCUGUCAGAAUGGACACAAAACUACGGUGUUGUGUCUUCUGGACAGCGGAGCGGACAUCAACCGGCCAAACGUCUCCGGAGCCACGCCCCUUUACUUUGCCUGCAGCCACGGUCAGAGGGACACGGCUCAGAUCCUACUCUCCCGGGGGGCCAAAUACCUAGCUGACAAGAACGGGGUCACUCCUCUGGAUCUAUGUGUACAGGGAGGGUAUGGGGAAACCUGUGAGAUCCUGAUCCAGCACCACAGUAGACUGUUCCAGACCCUGAUCCAGAUGACCCAGAAUGAGGAUAUUAAGGAGAAUAUGCUCCGGCAGGUUCUGGAGCACGUCUCCCAGCAGAGCAAUGGCCAUUACCACCGAGUCCUGACCAGUCUGGCAGAAGUGGCCACCACCAACGGACACAAGCUUCUCAGUCUGUCCAGUAGCUACGAAGCUCAGAUGAAGAGUCUGCUGAGAAUCGUGCGAAUUUUCUGCCAUGUUUUCCGGCUGGGACCCUCCUCUCCUAACAACGGCAAUGACAUGGGCUACAACGGCAACAAGACGCCUCGCAGCCAGGUUUUUAAGCCUUUGGAACUUCUCUGGCAUUCCCUGGACGAGUGGUUGGUGCUCAUCUCCACAGAGCUGGAGAGGAACAGGAAAAACCCAUCUUCUCCCUCCUCCAGUAGUGAGAUAGCCUCUCUGCUCCUCAAACAGUGUGAUUCGGACUCCGGCUCCAAACUCCCCUCCCUGCUGGACCACCAGAUCGUCAUGGAGGCCGAGGCCUAUGCCGAGGGGGAGGACGUGAUCUCCAUGACGGCCAGUCGGCUCAGUGCUGUCAUUCAGGCCUUCUAUCUGUGCUGCUCCUGUCAGAUGCCACAAGGAAUGACAUCACCCUGCUUCAUAGAGUUUGUCUGCAAACACGACGACGUGCUCAAGUGUUUUGUAACCAGGAAUCCAAAAAUAAUCUUUAAUCAUUUCCACUUCCUACUGGAGUGUCCAGAGCUGAUGUCACGUUUCAUGCAUAUCAUUAAGAGUCAGCCGUUCAAAGAUCGCUCCGAGUGGUUCUACGAGCAUCUGCUGGCUGGUCAGCCAGAUUCAGACAUGGUCCAUCGUCCAGUCAACGAGAGCGACAUCCUUCUCAUCCACAGAGAUUCCAUAUUCAGGAGCAGCUGUGAGAUGGUCUCCAAAUCCACUAAUGAGAAGCUCAAACAGGGCAUUGCAGUUCGUUUCCAUGGUGAGGAGGGUAUGGGCCAGGGUGUGGUUCGGGAGUGGUUUGACAUCCUGUCCGGUGAGAUCAUCAACCCUGACUACGCUCUCUUCACUCAGUCAGCUGACGGUACAACUUUUCAGCCAAACAGCAACUCCUCGGUGAACCCAGACCACCUGAACUACUUCCAGUUUGCAGGUCAGAUUUUGGGUUUGGCUCUGUACCACCGGCAGCUGGUCAACAUCUACUUCACCAGGUCUUUCUACAAACACAUACUAGGAAUCCCAGUGAACUACCAGGAUGUGUCAUCCAUCGAUCCAGAGUAUGCCAAGAACCUGCAGUGGAUCCUGGAUAAUGACAUCAGUGAUCUGGGUCUGGAGCUCACCUUCUCUGUAGAGACAGAUGUGUUUGGCGCAAUGGAGGAAGUUCCUCUGAAACCUGGAGGAACCAGCCUGCUGGUCACUCAGGACAACAAGGCUGAGUAUGUCCAGCUGGUGACGGAGCUGAGGAUGACUCGGGCCAUUCAGCCCCAGAUAAAUGCCUUUCUGCAGGGAUUCCACACCUUCAUUCCUCCCUCACUCAUUCAGCUUUUUGAUGAAUAUGAACUGGAGCUCCUGCUGUCGGGGAUGCCGGAGAUUGAUGUGGAGGACUGGUGCAGGAAUACUGAGUACACCAGUGGCUACGACCCUCAGGAGCCCAUCAUCCAGUGGUUCUGGGAAGUGGUAAGGAGGCUGUCCCAAGAAGAACGUGUUCUGCUGCUUCAGUUUGUCACUGGAAGUUCCAGGGUUCCUCAUGGCGGCUUUGCUUAUCUGAUGGGGGGCAGUGGUUUACAGAAGUUCACCAUCGCUGCUGUGCCAUACACCUCCAACCUGCUGCCCACCUCUAGUACCUGUAUCAACAUGCUGAAACUUCCAGAAUACCCAACCCAGGAGGUUCUGAGAGACAGACUGCUGGUAGCGUUGCAUUGUGGGAGCUACGGGUACACCAUGGCCUAAACAUCCCUCCUGUCCUGCUGCUGGGGAUGUCUGCACUCAACCUCCAUCUCACGUCCUUUCAGAGAUUUUUUUUUUUUUCCCCGUCUUAUGUCAGUUGCUGCUUCUGCUGGACAAGUAAGGGAUAUCCUGGUGGUUAUUAUUGUUGUUAUUGUUAUUAAUAUUAUUAUUAUAGCUGCUACAGAGACAGUGGGCUAAAAAGAAAGUGAAUGUUGUGCACAAACAUCAGUGUCAGUGUUUUGUUUGAGCGAAGCAAGAAUUCUGGAAUCCUGAUUUUCUAUCUAGAAGUUAGAUUGUUUUCAUGCUCUCAGGUUGAAAAUAAACAUAUCAUAUUCACAGUUUAGGUCACAUGAAGAUCAUUGUAUUGAAAUGCAGAUUUAUUGAAUGUCCCAUCAGUUUAAGGAGCUUUUCGAGUGGACCAACAAUUAAACUAAUAAAUGGGUCAAAUUCCAUGUCUGAGAUGAACAGCAGCAGACUGAUGGGAGGUAAAUUGUUAAUUGUCAAAGAAAAACAAAAGAAAAAAAAAACACCUGCUAGUUUUUCAUUUUUUAUUUCCUAUACCAAAUCAAAACUGGAAUAAUGAGCCAUUAUUUUUGUGUCUUGUUUUAUCUUGUGCUCAGAACAAAAAUAGAAAAACAAACAAAAAACUGUUAAUUAGCUAGCACUUAGAUUUGAUUUUAGCUUUUAAAUUUGAGACAAGUAGCAUGACAUGGAAAACAGCUGAAGAAUUAAGAAUGUAUCACCAAUGCAGUGGUACAUCAGUAAAACUCAACAGGUGUUUGCUGAAGGAACAUGGGAUUAAUGCCAUAAAUGAAAGCCUUGUUUUGGUGGCCCUACUGUUAACCAAAAUGAAAAUAAUACACCACCAACCAUGACCACAUAGUUGCUGCACCAAUCAGAGAGCAGAAAAGAUUUCAUCAGUUGUCGUCUACAUCAGAGCUUUAGAAUGAAGAUUUAUAUCUGAAUUUUCUCCUUGUUCUAGCUGCUGGAACAUUCCUUAUUCCUCCAGAACAACCUGCAUGUUUGUUUGUAGAGUUUUUCAUUUUGAUUCAGAUAAUCUUAUGAAAUGGAUUUUUGUUUUUAUUUGUCCUGUUUAUCAGACUUUAAUGAGAAGCAAUAUGUAUUUGUUCGCAUGACAACAGUUUGAUUUGCUGUGCCAAAAACAACCAGCUGGAAUCCGUUCAUUGUUUCUAUCUUUUUUCUGCUGUACAACCACACUGACAGAGAUGUGAUCAUGUCAUGAAUAUAUCAUAUAAAUAUAUGUAGUUUCCUCUCUAUUUGUUUGUAAAGGGACCUACGAUGUUUUAAACAUCUGAAAUGUUUUUUGUUUUUGUACAGAAACUGUAAUUUUCUUAUGCUACAGAUCAUGUAUUUUCCCUUGAAACAUAUGUGGUGCUUUAAGAUUUUAUCUAAUAAAAACUAGUUAAUGUAA